UGACGGAGGCCAGCUGAUUAAAAAUUAUUUUGAAUGGAAUUUUGCUUAAAAGCGAUCGAGUUUUGCUCAAGACGAUCAGUCCUGAAGUUCCAUUCAAAGAUGAAGCUUUUCCUAACAAUUUGCCUUCUGGCAGUGGCGCUUCCGUCAUUCCAGGCCACGGAUUAUUGUGAUGCCUUGCUUUGCCGCCCUGGAAGACCUCACGUGGCCUGUAAUGCCGACCCUGGAUUCGGUAAUCCAACUGGUCAAAGCAUCACCCUGGAUAGUGCCAAGCAAUCGCUGAUCGUCAAGUUGCACAAUGAGAUGCGUAACAAGAUUGCUACUGGAAAGCAGGAUUACGCUGAUGGUUUCUAUCCAACGGCAGCUCGCAUGACCACCAUUCAAUGGGAUGAUGAUCUAGCUUUCGUUGCUGCCGCCAAUGCCAGGAAGUGCGUGUUCGGUCAUGACAAGUGCCGCAACACUCCCAAGUUCCCGGCAUCCGGUCAAAACAUUGCUUAUUGGGGAUUCUCCGGUGGCGAUCUCAACGUCGAUGAAACUAUCACCAAAUUGGUUAACAUGUGGUACGGAGAAUACAAGGAUGCCAAUCCCGAAUACACUAAGCAAUACCCCAGUGGUUACUCUGGACCUGCCAUCGGACACUUCACCCAAAUCGUUCAGGAUCUUUCCGACCGUGUUGGAUGUUCUCUGGUGCAAUGGACCGAGGACCCAUGGACCAAGCUGUACCUGGUGUGCAACUACGCCAGGACCAAUGUUAUCGGCCAACCCGUGUACACCCCAGGAAACGUUGCAUCCUCUUGUACUACUGGUACCAACAGCGACUACCCUGGUCUGUGCAGCACUAAGGAAGUUGUUCAGGAUUAUUCACUGUAGAAAAAUACUUUUGGACCUCUUCAUUUGUCUGUAGAAAAAAUAAAGACAAGUGGUAAAAUUGUUUGUACUU